AUGACGUUCACAAUAAGUCCAGGAGUGAGCGAGGAGCAGCAGAAGAGUCUAGAAGAAGCGGAAGCUCGGUGGCGGGAUAGUGUGGAACGGUGUGAGAAGUUAAAACAAGCGUACGGAAACUUACGGCAGGAACAUAUCAACCUUAUCAGAUCGCAUGCGGAGACAAGGAAGAGUUUGGAAUCACAAGAGCAGUUGUUAACUGACAUUACACAACAACUUGAGAGUAAAAACACUGGCAGUUCUCAACAAUUGAGAAAUUUAGAGAUUCAAGUUCUGAAGUUAGAGUCCGACAAAAGUGAAGCACAACGGAAAUUCGAAGCAGUACAGCGGGAAUGGGAAACAUUCCAAGUGCAGAACGCUGAGGUCAAGCAUGAGAAUUCCAGCCUGGUAUCAAACGUAGAACAGCUAAGACAACAAGCAAAGGAAGCUGGCCGUCUAGCGGACAAGCUGAAGUUUGAUCUGGAUAGAGCGGAGAAGGAUAAGACUAACCUGAUGCACAAGGCUGAGAUGCAGAGAGCAGAUCUUAAUGUCAAGCAUGAGAAGGAGAAACAGUCUAUACAGCGGGAGACGUUAAGUAAGGGGGAGGUGGAGUGUUUUCUAGCCAGUGUAGCUCAUAUCAAGAACCAUCAGAACAAGAACCUUUACAUUCUUAACAAGGCGGACUGUGCACAGACGUGUAGUUUGGAGGAAUGUACUGCUGUCACGGACAACUGUCACAACAUCGUAAAAAACGUCGUCAUGAACCAAAGAUGGAGUGUACUGCGAGCAGCGGACAAGUUAUCAGACCUACAACAGAUCUCCCAAGAGUUCACCCAAGUAGCCAUGUGCAUCCGAGCUGCUAUGGGGUCCCUGGCGAGCGACAAGGCCGAUCUGUUACAUCGACAAACUGAGGAUCUGAUCACAAGCUUUGUAACAGCUCUUGAGUCGCUGACAGUAGAAGACAGUUUGUCAGGACUUGUAGAGGGCAGGACGCAGCAACUGUGUGCUGCCCUACACGAUGUUGCUAAGCUUUGUGCUAAGGAGGAGACUAGCAUGGAUAAUAUCGUGGAUCAGGAGAUGGCGGCAACAACUGCGGCAAUUAACGAAGCAGCAGCUAAGAUACAGGAGAUUCAGAACGCAACUCGACAACGAUACACUGGUCUAGAACUAGAGGUCGGAGAGAAGAUCCUAGGGUCCUGUACCGAACUAAUGGCAUGUGUACGGGAACUAAUACUGAGCAGCGCCGAGUUGCAGAGAGAAAUUGUUCAAAGUGGGCAGGUUGGAGGAACAGCUACAGAUUAUUACAAAAGACACAGUCGCUGGACUGAAGGCUUGUUAUCAGCAGCUAAAGCUGUGGGUUGGGGUGCCUCCACUCUAGUCUCUACUGCAGAUGAUGUGGUCAGUGGUACAGGAAAAUUCGAACAAUUGGAGGUAACCUCUCACGAGAUUGCUGCCAGUACAGCCCAGUUAGUCGCAGCGUCCAGAGUCAAAGCGGAUAAAGACAGUCGUAACUUUAUCAAGGUGAUGGGUACUUCAAAGUCUGUUGCCAACGCCACAGCAUCGGUUGUUGCUGCUUCAAAACAGUGUAUGAAGAUGACAGAAGAAAGCAAAUUGGUGGCCGUGGAUUACAGCCAACUAUCUGCAGUUCAGGUGAAGAGAUUGGACAUGGAAAUGCAAGUGAAGAUUCUAGAACUGGAGAACGAAUUAACAGAAGAGAGAAGAAGACUUACUGCCAUGAGAAAGAUGCAUUACCAUGGAGAUGGAACUACAAAUGGGGGCAGCUAGACAUUUAUGUUCAUUUAACUUGACUGAGUUGAGAAAAUAGUUGAUUUUGUGUUGAGUGUCAGAGAUAGAGUUCUUGGCUAAAAUUAUUGUGUCACAUCUUAAAUCUUCACGUUCUGGACGGAGGCGUAUUCUUUAAUGCUUGCAUGUUCAGUAUAUUUCAUCUCUUGGGCGAUAUUUUAUAAGCGCAAGUUGAAUUUUAGCUUCUUCACUAUAAUUAUUUCGCCAGAAUUUAUGACAACUUGGACCUAAAAUCCAGCUAGGCCACUUAAAGAAUGAUUCACUUCAAAUUCACUUGGCUUGAUUAAUUUUAUCGUCAAUUAUUUUUAUCAUUUUAUUAUAGCUGUAGAUACACCGAUUUAAAAAUUAAUUGAUUUGUAUUUGUAAGACGAUAAUUUAGUGGUAUUAAAUGGCAGCUGACAAAUAUUGUUAAGUGUGGAGAAGAUUCAAAGACUUAUUUUGACUAAUUCUUAUGAUCCGUUGCACUCCUUUCCUCUCAGAGUAAAAUGAAAUUGUGCCUGGUGCACUAAUAUCCCCAUUAUUAUCAUUCAACUAUUCAUUAUUCAAGCUUCACCACCACUUGUGCACACAUUUAUGACGUCACUAUCUUUGGAAAUUUACAAUGGGGUCGUUCACAUAUUACGUAAUCAGCCGAAAUUAUUACGCUAGUGUAAUUUUGAUACAAUAGCUAUUUGUAGGACUGAUUAGUGAUUACGGACGAGGGUAAGAAUUGUCCAAAAAAUUACUACGUAAUAUGUGAUCGACCCCAAUAUGUAUGAUAAAUUUUAUAGAUGUAUCAUCCGUCCUCGAUAAUUCUAGUUUUUACUCAUCAGUAUUAUAUAAUGCAUUUACACAGUGGUGACAUUUUAAGGGUUUGUACAGGGCAAAUUAAAACAUGCUAUUAAUGUCCUCAAAAUUCGUUGAAUUAAUUCAUAUUGGUUUCAAUUUCACGUCGCUGCCCCACUUAAAGUGUUGAUUUAUAUUUUAUAAGAUUUGAAAACUGAUUGUCUUGCCACUAAGAUCAUUCAUAGAA